AUGGAAACAAGAUCUGCAAAACGCAAGAAGAUUGCCCAAAUAGUAGAGAAUGAAGCUAAAGCAGCCACGGAUCGGAUCAGUGAUCUCCCUGAUGAUAUUCUUCAUCAUAUCCUUUUCUUACUUCCCAUAAAAUGUGUUGCACGAAUGAGCAUUCUUUCUAAGAGAUGGAAAUUUCUGUGGACCACUUUUCCUGACCUUGACUUCACAACUCUUAACCCAUUUGAAACUUCUUCCAAAAAUGUUAAAUUUUCCAACUUUGAAAAACCAAGACACCCUUUGGAUUCUACACGAAUGGAUUUCAUUACCCAAGUUCUCUCUAUCCGCGAAAAGCAAUCAGACAUUAGGGUUCUUUGUUUUCGUGCACGUUUGAGUUUUUCACGGUUAAAUAGUUUGAUGCGUAGUGCCAUUAGGCAUAAUGUUAGAGAACUUGAUAUUGAAGUGGCCACAGAAGACGUGUUCACGGAUGAUUAUUUCAACUUUCCCAGAUGUGUUAUUGGAAGUGAAUCUUUAAGGGUUUUGAAAUUGAAAUCAGGUUUUCGUUUGCCUCCAUCUUCAGUUAUGAGAAGUGGGUUCCAAUCUUUACAAACAUUGUCUCUUUCCCUAGUCAUUUUGACCAAACAACCUUCUCUCCCUGAUUUGUUCUCUGAAUCAUCCUUUCCUCUUUUGAGAAUUUUGCACCUUGAUAUGUGCUAUGGGUUGAAAUAUCUUCAUGUUGGAUGUCGAGCUCUUGAAGAUUUGAGCUUAGAAAAAUGUUAUCAGUUAGAAGUUUUGGAUAUCUCAUGUGUUAAACUUGAAAGAAUGAGAUUAGUAAAGUGUUUUGAUGCCUAUAGUGACAAGAGUUGGGUAAGAAUCAAUGCACCCAAGCUUCAACAUUUGUUUUGGCAACAUAAUGCCGUCACUGACAAGACUGUUUUUGAGCAUUCAAAUUUCUUGCAUGAGGUCUCCGUUGGUUUCUUUAUACUGGAUAGAGAUAGAAAUACGGGUAAGCUUCAAAGUGCCACUAAUUUUUUGUCUGGAUUGUCUCAUGUUCGUUCCUUGACUCUUGAAAGGCAAACUAUUGAGAUUCUAUCAAAUAAUCACCUCCUUUUUCAGCCAUUCUAUAAUCUUAAAUCAUUAGAGCUGCAUACUGGAUUCAACAAAAGUAAUGUUCCGGGAUUGGCAUGCCUAUUCAAGAACUCCCCCACUCUCAACAGUCUGAUUCUCAAGAUCCUUAACGAAUUUAGGAUUGAAAGAAAAGAAUGGAAUAGGGACUUAUGGGACAUGACUAUCACCGAGGGAGAGCUGUAUUGGGAAUCUCAGAGUCGAACUCUGGAAUCUUUUCUACAACACUUGAAAGUGGUGAAAAUUCAUGGGUUUCUUGAUUAUGAAAAUGAAGUUGCACUAGCAAAGUUUCUCCUCAAGUAUGGGAAGGCCUUAGAAGAAAUGAUAUUAUAUGCUGGACAUUGCAAUGCAAGAGAUACCCUAAGGCGACAAAAAAUAAGGUCGCAAAUGAUGGGAUUUUCUUGGGCUUCUUCUAAUGCAAAAGUGGCAUUUCAAUAG